GAAGCCAGUCCACUUCCGAUUUCCUCGUUUUGCUCCCCCUCUUGAAGAGCAAGCUAAUGCUACUGCUGCAAUGGCAAAGCUAAUUGGGUUGUGCCUGAAUUUUGUCAUAUUAUGCAGCACUGUCGGGGCUGUGUUUGAGGAUCAAGUAGGAAAAUUUGACUGGAGGCAGCAGUAUGUUGGCAAGGUUCUUUUUUCUAAUUUUGACGCACAGUCGCAGUCAUCCAAAAAGGUUAUCGUGGCAACAGAGAACAAUGUUUUUGCUUCCCUUAACAUCAGGACUGGAGAACUCUUCUGGCGACAUGUAGAUGCAAUUGGGCCGGAGGGAAAAAUCGAUGCUCUUCUGCACCAUGGACAAGAUGCGUUGCUGGUUGUUGGUGAUGGCCGUCUGCUGCGCUCCUGGGAGAUAAAUAUUGGUGGUUUGAACUGGGAGAUUGUGCUGGAUUCUGGCAGUUUCCAGUCGGCUUGUUUAAUUGGACAGCAAGACAUCGUGAAGCACGUGGCUGUUUUAAAGAAAACUGCCAUCUCUCUCCAUUACCUCUCUAAUGGUCAUCAAAAAUGGAUAGAAAAUCUACCAGAAAGUGAAACCGUGGAUUACCAGUCUGUGUAUUCUGGUGGAAAUGGUGAGGUGUAUGUCCUGGGAAUCGUUCCCCAUUCCCACAUUGCAAUUGUUGUUUACAGUUUGGAUGACGGAGAGAUAAUCAGACAGUUCUCAGUGGAAGCUCCGUGGCUGUCUAACAUACAGGCCAGCUGUGCAGUGAUCGGCGAGGGCAUGUUGACGUGCGCGGACUCUGCCACUGUAUCCCUGUACAUGCUGGACUUGGAAUCACAGACAGAGAUGAGCCAGAUCCCCUUGCAGUCACUGGGACUUGAAGUCACUCCUGGUUUCCAGCCAGUACUGAGGUCCACUCAGCCCAACGCAGCUCGUCCUCCGCUGUCGGAGUUCUUCCUUCAAGUUGGGCCAGAACAAUACCUGCUCCUCCAGCUCAACGAUGGUCAGAUAGUUACUCUGAGGGAUUUCAAUCCUGCCUUGUUGGUUUCAUUUGCCACCACUGGAGAGAAGACUAUUGCUGCUGUCAUGUCACCCAAGAAUACAACUGCUUGCAGUCUUAACCUGUUCAGUGCAGAAACAGGGCGCAGACUUCUGGACACAACACUGAUUUUUCCUUUGGAUCCCAAUGGUGGCAAACCUGAGGAGCUGUAUGUACAAGCAUUCCUUAAGAAAGACGACUCUGUUGGCUACAGGGUCAUGGUGCAGACAGAAGACCACACACUCACUUUCAUUCAGCAGCCAGGGCGUGUGAUGUGGACCAGAGAGGAGGCCCUGUCAGAUGUGGUGACAAUGGAAAUGGUGGAUCUGCCUCUCACAGGAACGCAGGCAGAGCUGGAGGGCGAGUUUGGCAAAAAGGCUGCUAUUCAAGACGGCCUGUUUUCCAUGGUGCUCAAGCGGCUCUCCUCUCAGCUCAUCCUGCUGCAGGCGUCGAUCAGCCACCUCUGGAAGCUCUUCUACGAUGCGCGCAAGCCUCGCAGUCAAGUCAAAAACGAAGUGACCAUUGAGAACCUCUCCAGGGACGAGUUCAACCUGCAGAAGAUGAUGGUCAUGGUUACUGCCUCUGGGAAGCUUUUCGGGAUUGACAGCAAGACCGGCACUAUUGUAUGGAGGCACUACUUGGACAACAUCCCAGCUAAUGCAGCUUUCAAACUGAUGGUGCAACGGACCACUGCACACUUCCCUCAUCCGCCUCAGUGCACUCUGCUCAUCAAAGACAAGGACACAGGCCUGGCCACACUCCAUGUAUUUAAUCCCAUCUUUGGGAAGAAGAGUCACGUCACCCCCCCUGCUAUGCCUCAGCCGAUCCUCCAGUCCCUCAUGCUGCCUGUCAUGGACCAGGAUUACGCUAAGGUCCUGCUCCUCGUUGAUGACCAGUACAAGGUCUCUGCUUUCCCCUCUACCAAGAACGUCCUGCAGCAGCUCCAGGAGAUAGCCUCAACCAUUUUCUUUUAUCUUGUUGACUCCAGCCAGGGAAGACUUUCUGGCUACAGGCUGCGAACGGACUUGUCGACCGAGCUGAUCUGGGAGGUGGUGGUCCCAACAGAGGUGCAGAAGAUUGUGUCGGUCAAAGGGAAGAGGCCCAACGAGCACGUGCACUCCCAGGGCCGAGUAAUGGGAGACCGUAGUGUCCUCUAUAAGUACCUCAACCCCAAUCUCCUGGCGGUGGUGACUGAGAGCACCGACACACAUCCGGAGCGCAGCUUCAUGGGGAUCCUCCUGAUCGAUGGAGUAACCGGACGCAUCAUCCACGAGGCGGUUCAGAGGAAGGCCAAAGGACCCGUGCAUAUUGUGCACUCUGAAAACUGGGUGGUGUACGAAUACUGGAGCACCAAGUCCCGCAGGAACGAGUUCUCUGUGAUCGAGCUGUAUGAAGGCAUGGAGCUGUACAACAGCACCGUGUUCAGCUCACUGGAUCGACCCCACGCUCCUCAGGUGCUUCAGCAGUCCUACAUCUUCCCCUCCUCCAUUUCUACCAUGGAGGCCACACUGACUGAGAAGGGCAUCACCAGCCGCCAUCUGCUCAUUGGUUUGCCAUCAGGAGGGAUUUUGUCAUUACCCAAGAUGUUCCUGGACCCUCGGAGGCCAGAAAUAGUAACGGAGCAAAGCCGAGAAGAGAACCUGAUUCCGUACGCACCAGAGCUGCUGAUCCGCUCAGAGUGGUUCAUCAACUACAACCAGACGGUGACAAGAGUGCGAGGAAUUUACACCGCCCCCUCUGGACUGGAGUCCACCUGCCUGGUGGUGGCAUAUGGACUGGACAUUUACCAGACUCGUGUGUAUCCCUCAAAGCAGUUUGACGUACUAAAAGACGAUUACGACUACAUGCUGAUCAGCAGCGUUCUCUUAGCUCUUUUCUUCGCCACCAUGAUCAGCAAACGCCUGGCAGAAGUCAAACUGCUCAACCGGGCCUGGCGGUAAAGUGAACGUCACAAUCCCAUCUCUUACAGCCGAGGCUGCUCGAAGGACCUCAGCCCGGGGAGAUGAGGCGCUGAGGCCGUGCCUGAAGAAAAACACAGGCCAGAGAUCAACAAUGCCCAUAAGAACUGCAGGGAAGGGGCGGGGGGGUGGGACGGGGGAUUAAUAUAGGUUUUAUGUGUUUAUUUUUUAACUUAUUUUGCAAGCACAUGGAAUUUCAUAGUAAGAAUAACUGUUUUUGUGCCAUGUCAUUUUGAUUAAAUGUUUAACAAAUAACUAAUUAUUUUGAAUGAAUCGGAUUUGAAUUUAUUAAAUUGUGGAGUUUGGAAAUUCCCACACAUGUGAAAUUUAGAUGCUUAAGCAAUGUUAGUUUUUUUUUUUUUAAGAUUACAUUUGUGACAUUUCUGCUUCAUGAUAACACUCUAAAGGAGAGGAAUACAGAAACGGGAGGUCAAAGAUAAGAGAGAACGAAGAUGUGAGCAUGAUUUGUUUUAGCCUGCGGAAUGAUCGUGAUACCCAAAAGUGACUUGUUGAUAACAAAUUAACUGUAUGAAAUGUUAGCAGAUAAUGCAGAAAUAGUUCAUUGUGCUUUUCUGAAGAUUGGCAAUGUCCUUCUGGUGUCAACAUCACAUGCUUCACAAAAGAAAAUGACCAGCUUUUAUUUGACGUACAUCAAUCCUCCUGGUUGGUGUGAAGUUUUGAUCCGAUCUCAGCUAGUUUUGAUGCUCCAUUAAAAUUUGUUUCAGAAAUAUG